AUAAAAAGUACUGAUUGUACAGUUGAAUUGUACAGUUUCUUCAAUUUUUUUAUAACACAAGAAGCUAUCUUUUUGUUAUGAAUUAAUAUUAUUCAAGUAUCGCCUACUUGUAAGCUUCAGAUAUAUGAGGAAAAAGAAAAAAAAUGUUUGUACGCUACUAUAAAAAUGUACAACCUGUUUUACGGCAGUUCAACGUAGACGUUAUACUUGAUUUUUAACCUUUUACCUAUAGCUUUUUUUUAAUCUUUAUAACGGAUAAGUGAAUUGGUCUGACACAUUAUGUGUACCUGAUUUGAAGGAAACACAUAGCCUAAAUCUGCAUAUGCAUCUGGUUCAUCUGACAAACUUUACUCUGCCAUAACCUAACUAUAUAACAGCGAUAAUAACCACAGGAACAAUUAUCUCGAUUAUCGACGAUUUUCGCCAUUUAAUAGCGAUGAGAUAUUCCUGAAAUAUGAUGCUUGCCCGUCGCAAAUGCCUGUUGAAAUUGUUAUUUUGUACAUUAUAUAUAAUCUGCAUUUUGCUUAUUGCUAAGCAAAUAUUUCGUGCUAAUGACAAUUCCAAUGCUUAUAAAGAUCAGUUUCCAUUCCCAAGAGAUGGCAAUAACUCUCAAAGGCAGAAAGAUGUGGAUAUUGCAUUACAGGGGCUACAAAAGGAAAGGUAUGAGCAGCAGAUACUAAAAUUGGAGUAUGAUGUUGUAAUUGGACUUGGAGAGAAUGGAGAACCAGCUUAUCUAUAUGGAAAAGAAAAGGUUGAGGGUGAAGCAGCACUUGCAAAGAAAGCGCUGAAUAUUGUUCUUUCAAAUAAGAUAUCAUUAACUAGAAAAUUGCCAGAUGUACGCAAUCCACUGUGUGCAAAUCUUACAUAUGACACAUUAUUACCAAGUGUUAGUGUGAUAAUUAUCUUUUAUAAUGAACCAUGGAGUGUUUUGUUACGUACAGUACAUAGUGUUUUGAAAGGUUCUCUGCCACAUUUAUUAAAAGAAAUUAUUUUAGUUGAUGAUCAUAGCGAGGAAGAAGAACUUCAAGGACAACUCGAUUAUUAUCUUUCGACUCGUUUACCUAUAAAAGUCAAAUUGCUGAGAUUGCCAAAUAGACAAGGAUUGAUACGCGCUCGUCUUCAUGGAGCUAAAAAUGCUACUGGCGAUGUUCUUGUCUUCCUAGAUGCACAUUGUGAAGUUAUCAAAGACUGGCUACAGCCUUUGCUUCAGCGAAUAAAAGACAAGAGAAAUGCUGUACUAAUGCCAAUAAUUGAUAACAUCUCUGAAGAAACGUUAGAAUACUUCCAUGAUAAUGAAGCAUCUUUUUUUCAAGUUGGUGGCUUCACAUGGUCGGGUCAUUUUACAUGGAUAAAUAUCCAAAAGCAUGAGCUCCAGUCGCGUCUUUCUCCUAUAUCACCGACUAAGUCUCCUACUAUGGCAGGAGGUUUAUUUGCUAUAGACAGAAAGUAUUUCUGGGAAAUUGGUAGUUACGAUGAUAAGAUGGAUGGCUGGGGAGGUGAAAAUUUGGAAAUGUCUUUCAGAAUUUGGCAAUGUGGCGGCACAUUAGAGAUCAUUCCUUGUUCUCGGGUUGGUCAUAUAUUUCGAAAUUUUCAUCCAUAUAAAUUCCCGAAUGAUAAAGAUACACAUGGAAUAAAUACUGCUCGUUUAGCAUUUGUAUGGAUGGAUGAAUAUAAGAGAUUAUUUUUACUCCAUCGCAGUGAGUUUAAGAAUAAUCCAAGCCUCUUAGGGGAUAUAAGCGAACGUUUGAAAUUGCGUAAAGAGCUCAAAUGCAAAAGCUUCAAAUGGUAUCUUGAUAAUAUUUAUCCAGAAAAAUUCAUUCCUGAUGAGCAUGCCAUAGCAUAUGGGCGCGUCAGAUUACGCAAUAGACGGCUGUGUUUAGACAAUCUACAACAUGAAGAAGAUAAACCAUACAAUUUAGGUCUAUACAGUUGUCAUUCCAAGUUGUAUCCAAGCCAGUUCUUCUCAUUAAGCAAUUCUGGCGAAUUACGGAGAGAUGAUAAUUGUGCGAGAGUGAACGCAGAUAAAUUAAAAGUGCGUACUCGAGUUGAAAUGUCUGACUGCAAUACUGAAAAAAAUGGAAAAGAAUGGGUAUUGACAAAGGACAGUAAAAUAGUACACGUAGAAACUGGUCUAUGUCUUGAUGGUACUAGAGUACAAAAUGAGGAAGAUGUAUUUGCAACCACCUGUGCCAAUGUACCAGAUCAAUUUUGGAAAUUUGAUUUUUACAUUGGUAAAAUUUUACCUAAAUAACGUUUCCGAGAUCAAGUAAUUGUUUGAAUUUAUUAGAACAUUGUUCAUAUGUUAUUGAUACAAUAAAAACGUUUUAUCGUAA